GGACCAUUGCGCCCUCUUGCCCUAUACAAGGGGAGAGAGAGAGAGAGAGAGAGAGAGACCAUUGCGCCCUCUUGCGCUAUACAAGGGGAGAGAGAGAGGGAGGGUUAGAAGGCUGGCAUGGAUGGGAAUAAACAAGUAGGAGGAAGAGACGAGAAAGCGGAAAAAAACCAAAAUCAAAUAGAAGCUGGAGGAGAAGGAGGUUCCAAAGGUAAAUCAUGCAAAGGAUAUCUCUAUUACUCUUCCACUCUCAAAUCCAACGACACCAAUCCUCGCUGCAUCGGCAUCCCUCGUACCCUCCAACAAGUUCCCAAUUAUAUUGUUGGACAAUCUGAGGAUAAAGCUUCUAAGGAAGGCCGGACUCUUACAGAUUUUUAUUAUGGUUGCAUUGGGUACUCAGUGUAUGUCAGCAAAGAUCAUUCUACUGAUAAGCAAAAGCAAGCGGCAAAAACACAACUGCCAGUCUGUGUGGGCCUUGAGCUUCUAGUGGAUAGAAGAGUUGUUACUUCUGAUAAUGCAUCUGCUCCGGCUCAUGUUCAUGGUAGAGAAGAUGGCCUUGAAAUUCAUCAGCCUCAAACGCCUAAACCAGUCCAUGCUGCAGGAGAUGACUUCCUUAGCAGGUAUACAAGGAAUGCGAACCUGGUUGCAUCCGGGGUGGCCAAGAACAUGCGGAGAAUGGGGAAUUACAUUAAAGAGAACCUGGAUGAUAUUUUGUACCCUUACCGAAGGCGACCAAAAUGAGGCUGUGAGUUCUGGAUACCUGAAGGAAGAGUAUCGGUAGAUGAAGUAGAAUCAUGCUUCACCUGCUAUUUGCCUUUGAUUAUGUAAUAUUGUCCUAACACCACUUUUAUCCCCAUCUGCACUCCCUCUUGUCAAUGGAAUGCGCGGCAAGUGGUACGGGAGAUGUUUUAUCGUUCAUUCACAAAAAUAAGAUAUUAUGGUUAAUUUUGUCUAUUGAAUAGAUGCGGAGACGAGUGGGGGACAAAAUGCUUUUUUGUAUGAUAGAAAAAGCUGAGCCCGCUAGCAAAUUGUUCUUUGACUGAUGAUCUGAACUGCACACUUGUGUGCCUGGAAUUUCACAAAGUUUAAAGACCAAAUAAAAUUUUUCAUUUGUGGCAAA